GGACAAUAUCGACACGGUGCACGUGAUAGGUUGCGUACCUACACAUUUCUACAAGUUGCGCAACAGCGUCUACGCGUUUCAAAGUAUCUGAAUCGUUGACCAACAAGAAGCUUGGUGUCAGAAAUGUCUGCAGAAAGCGAUGAGGCUCCCCCUUCGUAUAACUCGUUAUUUCCCGACAAGAUGAAGCCCAAUCAGAUUGGCCGGAACUUACGUCGAGGACUCAGUCUGGGAGGCAGUGACGAGAGUGAAACAGGUGGCAAGGGAUGUGUUCACUUCAUUGCGUCACUAGGAUGUUUGUUGUUCAUUGUGGGAAUAGCAUUGGGCAUCCCAAUUACAAUGAUAGUCAUUGGGGCCAGUAAUUUGGAUGACUGUCCAAUAGAGAGAUAUAUACCAAUCUGGCUUAUUGUGAUGGGCGUUUUCCAGAUGAUUGAGACAAUAUUCCGUACAUGCUUUCAUGGAUCACGAAACGAUGAAGACGAAAGCCAAGGCUCAGUAGACCCAGUGGCGUGUUUCCUCUGCGCCUGGUUCAUUGCUGGCAAUGUUUGGGUCUUCCGAAAUUGGAAUGAGUACACAUCAGUAAAGAUGAUGAAUGUGACAAACAUAACAAGCAGCAACUACUGUGAUGACCUGACAAUGAAAUUCUCAUUUGGCAUCAUUAUUUCUUCCUAUCUCUUAGUGGGAGGGAUCAUACUCUGUUUCUGUCUGUGUUGCUGCUGUUUCUUGAAAAAUGACAGUUGACAGUUGUAGCUUGUAAUUGUUGCUGUUUGUAUCCCCUUAGCUGCAACGUGUUUUGCUGCUUUUGUUCUUGUUAAUAUCGUUAUGGCUUCUGCGGAAAUAUAAGAUUUGACAUUUCUAA